AGACGACCAAAAUAAACAUUAGCCGUUUCUUGUUGCGGAAAUACAUGCAUAUUGUGGCAUUUUCGAUUAUUUGACCCAAGUUUCCUUCAAGAUAUUUUUCCGUAUCGUCGAUAUUAGCGACAUUCCUGAUAACCAAUACGCCCUGCAGGGUUUUCAUCUAUUUCUGAGAACGGAGCUUGCUGUUCAAUCACUCAGAGAUUGUUGAAGAUGAAGCAGAGAGCCGCUUAACGUGUUGGCAACAGGAAUAAUUCACCAGGGGAAAAUGGCUUUCCCGAAAGCCAUCAUUUCCUCCGGGAAUGCAGCAUGCAUCAUCCCCGAGGAGGAACAAAUCAUUGGCCUGCUGGAGCGAGGAACGGUGGUGAACAAAUUCUACCACAGGAAACGCAUGGAGAAGAAAACCCUGAUGCUCCGCAGAGAAACGAGACAAGUCAUCUGGAGCAGGAGCAACACAAAUCCAAAAGCGUUUGAGGGAUAUGUAAAUUUGUACGAGGUGAAAGAGAUCCGGCCUGGCAAGUGCUCGAAAGACUUUGAAAAGUGGCCGGAGGACUCAAAACGACUGGACAGCACCAAAUGCUUUGUCGUUGUUUACGGCAACGAGUUCAAACUGAAGUUUUUGUCAAUAGCUGCCUGGUCCGAGAGAGAGUGCGAAAACUGGAUUCGAGGGCUGAAAUACAUGGUGGCUGACACGGUAAACGCGCCCUAUCCUCUUUUGGUAGAGAGAUGGCUGCGGAGAGAGUUUUACACCAUGGAAAAUGCAAGAGAAAAAGUGACGCUGAAAGAAGUCAGAAGCUUUUUGCCUAAAGUGAACUGCAAGAUUGCCACCAAGAGAUUAGGAGAUGUAUUUCAAGAAGUUGACACGAGACAUCGGCAAGAGUUAGGAUUUGAUGACUUCACCACUCUGUACUACAAGCUCAUGUUUGGCGAUGAAUCCGCUUCGUUUCGGUCCGACGUUUUCAAAAAGUAUAGCGCCGAUCAGGUGAUGUCUCUGCAAGAUUUCCAGAGCUUUAUGGAUAAGGAGCAGAAAGAUGCCAUGGGAAACGAUGAGCGUCUAGUCUCAAAAUUCAUGCGUGACUAUCUGCAAGAUCCGACAAGAGAUGUCCAGGAGCCAUACUUUACCGAAAAUGAGUUCAUGGACUUUCUGUAUUCGAAACAAAAUGAUCUUUGGGACACUGCUUUUUCCCCUGUCUAUCAAGACAUGUCGAGGCCAUUGUCUCAUUAUUGGAUUUCCUCAUCUCAUAAUACGUACCUGACGGGUGAUCAAUUUUCGAGCGAAUCGUCUCUGGAGACUUAUGCUCGGUGUCUGAGAAUGGGGUGCCGUUGCAUCGAACUUGACUGUUGGGACGGACCAGACGACAUGCCCUUCAUCUACCACGGCCAUACUCUGACCUCAAAGAUCAAAUUUCUUGAUGUCAUCAAGACGAUCAGGGAACAUGCAUUUGUGACCUCAGAAUAUCCUGUGAUUUUGUCCAUUGAAGACAACUGCUCCCUGCCUCAACAAAGGAACAUGGCCAGAGCAUUCCAAGAAGUGUUUGGAGACAUGCUUCUUACCCAGCCUGUUGACAAAAAUGAGACCUUCCUGCCAUCUCCGUUCAAAAUGAGAAGAAAGAUCAUUUUAAAGCACAAAAAGCUUAAAGAAGGCGAAUUUUGUGUUCGAGAUGAUGAAGUUAGAGAUAUGGAUCUGAGGAAUACUGUAAAAAACGGUAUCCUGUACCUUCAAGACAAUGCUGACCGUCAGUGGUACCCACACUUCUUUGUGCUGACCCAGAACUCGUUGAUCUAUACAGACAGCUGCAAUCAAGAUCAGCAACAAGAUGCAGAAGAGGAAGAGGAGCCAGAAUUUGAAAAUCCCAAUCUUGGCGCGCGAGAUGGUAACAACGAUGAACUUCACUUCAGUGAAAAGUGGUUCCAUGGCAGACUAGCAGAUGGACGAAAAGAAGCCGAAGAUUUACUUAAAACAUACUCGCACUUAGGAGAUGGGACUUUCCUGGUCAGAAACAGUCACAUCUUUGUAGGAGAUUACUCAUUGUCAUUUUGGAGGCAAGGAAAAGUCUAUCACUGCCAUAUCAAGACAAAACAGGAGAGAGGUCAAACUAGAUAUUAUCUCCAUGACACUGUAGGUUUUGACAGCCUCUACAGUCUAAUCACUUACUACAAGAAUAAUGCAUUGCGAAGCCAGGAGUUCCUGAUCACGCUUCGCGAGCCUGUUCCUCAGCCUAGCAAGCACGAAGGAAUGCCUUGGUUUGCCCGCCGAUGUAACAAACUGCGAGCCGAGAAUCUUCUGCGGAGGGUGCCCAAUGACGGCGCCUUUUUGGUCAGACCUAGCGACCAGGAGGCAAAUUCAUUCACCAUUUCAUUCCGGGCUGAAAAGAAAAUCAAGCACUGCAGGAUCAAAGUGGACGGUCGUCUUUACACCAUCGGUUCAGCCCAGUUCGAAAGCCUGGUCGAACUGGUUUCCUUCUACGAACGUACACCCCUGUAUCGCAAAGUAAAGCUUCUGCAACCAGUCAACGAAUCUCUUGUCAUGUCCAUGGGAAAUGUCGCUCUGACGGACGAGGAUGACACCGGAGCAAGUGCUGGAUACACGGACCCCUCAGUCUUCACGUCGUCGGUAACUGUAAAAGCCAAGUAUGACUACCAAGCGCAGAUGACCGACGAAUUGUCGUUCCCCAAAGGGGCCAUCAUCCAGAACGUGACCAAAGACUCGAGCGGCUGGUGGCGUGGAGACUAUGGUGGCAGGUUACAGCACAUGUUUCCCAGCAAUUACGUUGUCGAAGUCGACAGUAACUCGAGCAGUUCCUCCACAGCAACUGGAGAAGACCAAAAUGAAACCUCAGAUUCCAUGCUUCUUGGAAAUUUGCAAAAAGGAGCCAUUAAUCUCACCGGUGUUGUGGUCGAACUUGAAAAUAGCGCUGGCCUUGCUGGCCAUGAAUGGCAGCUGAAGAUCACCAACUCAAAGAUGACCAUGCCUUUUGUGGUCGCUGCUCCGACAAGGGAGGUUGCUCUCGAAUGGGGAACGAGCAUUCGAGACACAGCGGCCAGUGCCAAUGACCGCGACAUCCGUCAGAGAGAGCAGGAAAGAAGUAUGCGGGUGGCCGUUGAAAUCUCCAGUCUCAUCAUCUACUGCAAGUCGGUUGCAUUCGACAAGGAAAAAUGCAGAAAUGGAUUCGACUUUACGGAAAUGUCAUCAUUCCCUGAGAAUAAGGCUGAGAAAACUAUGUGUUCCAAUGAGCUUAAAUUUUUCCUCAAGUACCACAUUCACCAAAUCAGCAGAGUUUAUCCCAAAGGACAGCGCCUGGAUUCGUCAAAUUAUAAUCCUGUGCCAAUGUGGAACGUCGGCUCUCAAAUGGUGGCUCUCAACUUCCAGACGGGGGACAAGUUCAUGCAACUCAAUCAAGCCAAGUUCCGGUUGAAUGGCAACUGCGGGUAUCUUCUGAAACCAGAAUUCAUGAUGAAGGAAGACUUUGACCCUUACGAGAAAGCUUGCAUGGCCGACAACACUUUUAUGCAAAUUACACUGAGGGUUAUUGGAGCUAGGCACUUGUGCAGACAGAAGAAAGGAAUCAUCAGUCCAUUUGUGGAAGUCGAAGUCAUCGGACUGGAUUAUGAUUCGGGAGUAAAGUUAAAAACCAAGACAAUUUCUGACAAUGGAUUCAAUCCUGUGUGGAAUGAGACGACCCUCUUUGAAGUUGUUUGCCCUCAACUGGCUUUCCUUCGAUUUGUUGUUUACGACGAGGACGUGUUUGGAGACUCCAAUUUUGUCUGCCACGGCACCUACAGUAUUAUGGCCAUUCGAACUGGGUACAGGAGCAUUGCACUCAAGAAUAAUUUCAGUGAAGACCUAGAACUCUCGUCCCUACUGGUUCACAUUGAAAUUAAAAACUAUCGAGUUCAAGAGUUGGAGAACACCAACAUUCGUGGCAUCGCCAAUGCCAUCAACAUAACCAUGAACGGAACGUCCACCAUGGGCGACUUCACAGACUUCAGUUCUUCCCGAGCCUGACCAAGUCAAUGAUCUGCAUUUAAGUCACUACGCACAUUUUCCUGAGACUUUUGCCUCUCUAUCGCUUCCAUUACUCUAGAAUUAAUCAUUAUUAAGAGAUCACAUACAUGACACCGAUUUUAUUAAGAUUAUAUUCUGCAUGUUACGUGUUAUUUCGUUUUAGAGAUCACUGCUUCUCUUCAAAUAAAGGUUGCAGUUUUAGCAUUUAAUAUAUCAAGGACAAUCCAGAAAAAAUGUGUCAAUCUAUUCUUCUAAGCCUUCUGAGUAAUUGAAAAAUUAAUGUGCCUUUUGGCGAUAACUUGGUCUAAAUUCCUUCCGAUGCUGUGAAAUUGGAAAUAUCAGUGCAAUAUUGUGUGUUAUUAGCAAUAUUUUUAAAAAAUGAAUCGAAGCUUGAAUGAAAAUCUGUCAACAAGCCACCGAAGAAUAAUAUAUUGUAAAACUCGUACGCAUUUUUAUGUUAUAUUAUGAGACUUGCACUAGUGCAUCAAGUUGUGAAAUAUAUAAUUAUCUAUUUUUUGGAACCUCCGGUCUACUGGUGUAUCAUUAUAAAAUGUAAGAGUAGUAAAAUUUAAUCAACGACUUAUAAAUCAUUUACUGUUGUCAUACACAAAUUAAAUCUCAAUAAUUCUGCUGCAAACAAGAUUGCAGUUCCUUUUUUUGUUAAUGGCGAAAUGAAAUAAAUAUGAUUUUAAUCA